CUCCCCAAGACUUGAUUGACAGAAGUGGAGAAUGAAUAUGAAGAAGCUGCCCCUGUGCUUUCUGGUCAUCUUGAGUCUUUCAAAUGCUUUUGCCCAGACAGGUAGACUGAGUGGGAAAGUCAUUGUGUUCCCAAGACAGUCUCAGGAUUCCUACGUGACCCUAAUACCACAUCUAGAGAAACCCCUGAAGGCCUUCACAGUGUGCCUAAAAUUCUACACUGACCUGACCAGAGCCUAUAGUCUUUUCUCUUUUGCCACUCAGGCACUGGAUAAUGAGAUCCUCCUCUAUCAUGAAAGGGACAGCAGCAAUUUCAGCUUGACUGUGGGCAAUACUGGGGCACUGUUCCAGGUUCCUGAGGCUGCUUUUGCUCCAAGACACUUAUGUGCCAGCUGGGAGUCAGAGUCAGGCAUUGCUGAACUAUGGGUAGAUGGGAAACCCAUGGUGAGGAAGGCUCUGCAGCGGGGAUAUGUUGUGCAGAACCAACCAAAGAUUAUCCUUGGGCAAGAUCAGGAUUCCUUUGGAGGAAAGUUUGAUGAGAAGCAAUCCCUGGUGGGAGACAUUGGAGACAUAUUCAUGUGGGACUUUGCAUUGUCACCAGGAGAGAUUAAUUCUGUAUAUCUGGGAGGGACUUUUAGUUCUAAUGUUCUAGACUGGACAAAGCUGAAAUUUGAACAAAAGGGCUAUGUGGUCAUUAAGCCUAAGCUGUGGACAUGAGCUUCUGCUAUCUUCUGAGAUUCAGGCUGUUUGAUUGCUCUUUCUUCCUCAAGAAAUUAAACUUUAUUUUUCAUAUGUCUCAGUUUCUUCCAUCUUUGUAUCUAAACUCAAAUUCCUGAAUUUCCUCUCCUUUUUCUUAACAUCACUUUUCUUUAUAAUUUUAUUGCAUGUUUUUUCUUAGAAUAUAAAAAUCUUAACAAAUAUAUAGUAGCAUUGUACUAGAAUUCUAGAGUUGAAUGGAAGCUUAAGAACAUCUAAGCAGUAUGAUCAGUAGUCAAGACAAUCCAGAAUUCUCUUCUCUUUGAGGUUUAUUGUUACAUAGUCUCAAAAGAACCAAAAAUUUACAAAAUUAGCAAAGGCAUUUAAAUGUAAUCUUGUAGUUCCUUUAAUAAGUUUCCAUGUGAACCAAGGUUUAUUCUAGAGCAGGAAUGGAGACCAUCCUGCCCACUGGCCAUAUAAGGCUUAUGAAAUCAUUUGCUAAAGCAGCUUCAGGUGAUGAUGAGAGGAAAACUAGGUACAACAAUAUUUCACUGUUUGACUUUUAUAAGUUGAUAAUUUUGUAUGGCCUGCAAGGCAGAAAAUAGGUUCCCCAGCCCUGUCCUAGAGGCUGUGAGCAUUUAACAAUUUGAACUUUAAAUUUAGGAACUAUGAAUUCAAUCAAACAUGAGAGGAACCUAAGAGAGUCAAAAAGAGAAGGCAUUUUCAAUUGGUGAGACAAAAUUUCCAAAGAAAUAGUAUUUGAAGUUAUCUUUGCCAUCAGCCCUCCAAAAAUUAUCCACAAUGAACCUAGUGAUCGUUACCAUGUCAGUAUUAAAUAACCUAUUUAUACCUAUUAUAAUAGGAGCACAGUUAAAGCUUGGCAAUUGAAACUUGUGAUAAGAGGAGGUUUCCAUUUAAAAAGAGAAGGUCAACUUUGGGAACUGGUUAGUAAGGAGCAUUGAUAGAUAAGUAAGACUUGACCUGAGAGUGGGCCUUCCUUGUCACUAACUGCAAUGUAAGACUCAAUGUAGCUAUUCUGGUGAAUAAGGAAAUAAUAAGGAGAAAUAUCUAUUUUUAGAAAAUACCUUUUAAUCAUUGUGAGUACUGUGAAUUUAUUUUUAAGGAAUGUUAUAAUACCUGAGUGUUUUAUUGCAUCCAAUCCUGAACCUGAGUCAUUAAAUUGGCCUAAACUAGACUUGGCCCAGAGUAAUAUUGAAAGUCAGACUUAUAAAGAUUGGAUAGUCCUCAGAAUGUGUUGCAGGGAGAGUUUGGAACAUUCUUGGGUAGAUUGAGAGUCCUAAUGCAUGGAGAAUUUGUGAUGAAACAAACCCCAUGCAGGCUUGAGGGUGGCUGAAUGCAGGACCAUUUAUUUGAAUUGAUCUUCCUUUGUUUUACUUCAUCUUACUAUCAGUCCAAAGGCUUUAUUCAGAUUCCAAGGGAUUCUUUUUGUGUUUCUUCUAUGACUUUCUUCUAUGUUCCCUUACUAGGAACCUUUUUAAUUUUUCCUUAGCGUGUUCUAUCAGGGAAUCAUGUACUUUAGCAUAAAAGCAUACUCAAGAUAAUAGGGUAUGGUUUUGAAGGUGUAGUCAAUGGCAUAAGUGAGCAGUGUGAUGACAAACCAUGACUCCAGAGCUCUGAAAAUGAAACUUGCUACUCACCCCCACCAGAGAAAUGAUGGACUUAAUAUAAGAAAUGGGACAUAUAUUUCUGAAUAUGUAUGUGGGAAUUUGUUUUGUUUUUACUCUGCAUUUUUGUUAUUAUGAUUCUCUUUUUUUGUUGUUAUUCAAUGUGAAGAAGGAGGGUAUGGGGAGGAAAGAUAAAACAAUUGCUUGUUAAUUUAAAAAAAUAAAGAAACAUAAUUGCUGCUAA